ACAAAAUGUUCGCCGGAUGCCAAAUAUGACGAUCGCGGAGAGAAAUAUCGCGAUCAGGAUGUUGAUGGGUGGGUGUGGAGUAGCUGAAGUUGCUACAGCCUUUCACCGAGCCUGCUCUACCAUCCGCCGCCUCCACCAGAAGUACAACACCACAGCAACGACAAAAGAUAGACCUCGUAGCGGCCGUCCUAAGAUACUUUCAGACCAUUAAUAGAAGAUAAUUUGGAGAC